UGCCCUCUCAGCUAUACGUGGCUCUUCUGAUCAUAUUUCAGCUUAACAAGCCACUACACAAGCUCUCCCGGAUAUGCAAAGUGCAUUCCCCUCCCCUCUUCUUUUCCUUCAACAGCCUGACUCCUUCAAUCUCUUGGAUGGGGUUGUUUCCAUGGCAUUAACUGUUAGCAGUCUCUUUCUACACAACACGAUAUUCCCUUCCUUCAGACCUCAGCAAGCAAGAAAAAGCUCUGGGGACUCUUUCUCUCUCUACACCUCUCUUUUCCGCUUUCUAGUUUCUGUCUCUCUCUGUGUGUGUUUAUUCCCUUGUGAAAAGGACCAGCUAGAGAAAGCCAACUUCUGCCUUUCUAUCUUAUUGUUACCAGGAGCCUGCUAUUAUAUAAGCAUGGCUCUUAAGCAUCCAUUCUUGUCAGCUACAAGCCAGGCAACAGGGAAAGCAUGAGUUCUGCUCUGAAUGCCUUGGAUUUUGUAUUGUGCCUGAGCUGAAUGCAAUUUCCCCAUCAAAUCUGGUUAUUAUUUGUCGUAGUCCUUCUUUACUAGAUUCUUCCCAGUUUUUGUUAUGCCCCUUCUUUUUUAUUGUACAGCUGAUAUUCAGAGGUGGUGUCUUCUCCCUGAUAAGGAGCAAGAUCCAAGAGAUGCAGAAAUGGAGGAUACAAGGAAAGUAUAAAUAGGCUACUUUGCAGAUGUCGUCUUGUCCCUGAGAUGGAAGUGCCGAGCAUCAAGGAUUUUCAGUGGAAAACUCUUGCACCCUUGUCCAGCCCAAGAGUCUAUUGCUCCCUGGUUGAAGCUGGGGGCCAAGUUUUUGCCAUUGGGGGCUGUAAUGACAAUGGCACCCCCAUGGACUGCUUUGAAGUGUACUCCCCUGAAGCCAACCAGUGGAAUUCUCUUCCCCCAAUGCCCACAGCCAGGGCUGGAGUAGCUAUAGCUACAUUGGGAAAGAGAAUAAUGGUGAUUGGAGGAGUUGGCGCUAACCAGAUGCCCUUGAAGAUUGUGGAGAUGUACAACAUAGAUGAGGGCAAGUGGAAGAAACGCAACUCCUUGAGGGAAGCUUCGAUGGGGAUCUCUGUGACAGUGAAAGAUUACAGGAUCUAUGCAGCAGGUGGAAUGGGAGCAGAUCUGCGCCCACACAAUUAUAUGCAGCAUUAUGACAUGCUAAAGGACAUUUGGGUAUCAUUGGCCACCAUGCCAACACCAAGAUAUGCUGCUACAUCCUUCCUGCGAGGCACAAAGAUCUAUGUGCUGGGUGGAAGACAAUCCAAAUAUGCCGUGAAUGCCUUCGAAGUCUUUGACACUGAAACAAGAUCUUGGACAAAAUUUCCCAACAUUCCCAGCAAAAGGGCUUUCUCCAGCUUUGUCUGUGCAGAGAAUAAGAUCUUUAGCGUUGGGGGAUUGCGGCAGGGCAGGUUAUACAGACAACCGAAAUUCAUGAAGAAUGUGGAUGUGUUUGACAUUGAGCAAGGAGGCUGGAUGAAGACUGAGCAUACAAUAUUUCUGAAGAAACGGCGGGCUGAUUUUGUAUCUGGUUACUUGAAAGGAAGAAUUGUUGUAGCUGGAGGGUUAGGAAACCAACCAACUGUUCUGGAAUCAGCUGAGGCCUUUCACCCUGAGAAGAACAAAUGGGAAAGCCUACCUCCUAUGCUCACCCCGCGAUGUGCCUGCUCCAACAUUGUGGUCAAAAACUGCCUUCUGGCUGUUGGAGGAGUGAACCAGGGCCUGAGUGAUGCAGUGGAAGCUCUGUGUGUCUCUGACUCCUAGUGGGUCCAUCUCCAGAUGCUCCUUGUACAAGGGGCCUACACAAACCACCUGAAAAAGUCAUUACUCUGCCGUUCUGAGUGUUGGGCCACUACUGCGUAACACAGGAAGAGUUGACACCUUUAUCCAUCCCACUCUGCAGCUUUCCUGUAGCUUCUUUCACUCUAUAUUUCGGAGAAGGUCCCUUCUUGCCUUAUGUAGCUGUAGUUUCGUGGCUCAUUCAGCCAACAGAAGUUCAGACACUUGUGGGAGUGCCAUCUCUGCCAGCAUCACUGAGCUGCACAACUUGAUGAAUCUAGAGUCACUCCCUCCUGCCAACUCUAAAUGGCCGAGGCACAUGCCAACUUUCUCACAAAGGAGCAGAAGUUUAUCACACAAGUCAGGGUGUUUUAGCCAAGGAUUAGAAGUAGCACCAACUAUGAAUAGUGUGAGGCCAUUUUGUCUUCCUCCGAAAUACUGUGUUUGAAACACACCCAUUGAGUGAAACAUAAGGGCCUCUGUUGGGUUCUUCACAGGUUAACUAUGAAAACAAAGAAGAGAGUGAAUCACACAGAGUUAGUGCUUGUGUCUCCAGUGCACUUUAAAAUGCUGUCCUGAUAGUGAUGGACU